AUGGAGUGGCCUUUAGUGAGGUCUUUAUUGUGGGUUUUAGUACUUUUUGCUCACAUUCAUGAGCUAAGAGCUUGCAUUGAGGAAGAGAGGAUGGGUCUACUAGAAUUGAAGGCAUAUCUGAAAUCUAAUACUAAUUAUACAAAACCCCUUCUUCCAUCAUGGGUUCACGACCUAAAGAGUGAGUGUUGUAAUUGGGAGCGGGUCAAAUGUAAUGAUACCACUGGCUAUGUGAUCAAGCUUUGGCUCUCCAAUAUAAACCAUGAAACUCACGUCUACGCUGAUAAUGAAAAUCGGUUCUUGAACGAGUCCUUGUUGCAGCCUUUCAAGGAGUUAAGAAUUCUUGAUUUAUCUUGCAAUGGAAUUUGUGGUUGGCAAGGAAAUAAAGAAUGGAAUUCUUGGCCUAAAUUGAACAAGCUAAUGCACAUAAAUUUAAGUUGGAAUCUCUUGCAAAAGGACAUUUUAAGAUUUUUGGGUGCACUCCCAAAUCUUAAAUAUUUGGACCUAAGUUACAAUGAAAUGCAAGGGCCUCUUUCUAGCAAAGAACUGAGUAAUCUAAGAAAUUUGGAGGUACUCAUCGUGCGAGAGAAUCGACUCAAUGGAAGCCUACCAUUCAAGGAUAUGACAAAUUUUAGAAAUUUGGAGAUUUUAGAUAUGAGUGGUAAUAUGUUCACCGGAAUUCUUUCUCCAUAUAUUGGGACACUAUCUUCUCUCAAGGCUAUAUCAUUAUCUCAAAAUAAACUCCAUGGGAAUUUACAUGCUAAAGAUUUGGGUAUGUUGAAGAAACUUGAAGAGUUAGAUCUUUCUGACAAUCACUUUGAAUGGAUCCUCCCUCCAUGCCUAAGUCGUUUGACAUCUCUUAGGUUAUUAGAUCUAUCUAAGAACCAAUUCUGUGGAAAUUUGUCUUCAUCUGUGAUAGCCAACUUGACAUCCCUUGAGUACAUUGAUCUUAGUUAUAAUCAUUUUGGGGGUUUAUUCUCAUUCAGCUCAUUUGCCAAUCACUCUAAGCUCAAAGUGAUUCGAUUUAAAGGUGAAAACUACCGGAUUGAAGACGGUAACAAAAUUGUGAGUGAAAACAACACAUUUGAGAUCGAAACUGAAAAUCCCAGUUGGGAACCUUCGUUUCAGUUAAAGGUGCUAGUGCUGCCUAACUGUGAUCUGAAUAAGUUAUCCUCCAACAUUCCAAAGUUUCUCUUUUACCAGCAAGAAUUGGAAUUGGUUAAUAUCUCUCACAAUAGGUUGAAGGGAAGCUUCCCCGUUUGGUUGAUUGAAAAUAAUACUAGAUUGCAAUUGCUAAAUCUUCGGGAUAAUUAUUUUGGGGGUCAAUUUCACUUGCCAAUAGCUCACUGCAAUAAUCUUUCUUGGUUGGAUUUCUCUUACAAUAACUUUAAUGGGCAGUUGCAGGAAACUAUUGGAAAGGUGAUUCCAAACUUACAAUAUCUAAAUAUAUCUCAAAAUCAUUUUGAAGGUUUUCUCCCAUCCUCAAUUGGUGACAUGAGUAAUUUGGAGAAAUUGGACUUGUCCAAUAAUAAUUUUUCAGGAGAGGUGCCAAUGAAAUUGGUUGCCAAUUGCACCUCCUUGGUAGUUUUGAAGUUAUCUUAUAAUAAAUUUCAUGGUGAAAUUUUCUCAGAGGGAUUCCGAUUUUUUAAUAGUAGCUUACGUAUUUUGGAAUUAAAAAACAAUCAUUUAACAGGUACUUUGCCAACCAUGGUACCAAUAGCUGGUAGUCAGCUGGGGCUCUUAGAUAUUAGCAACAAUGGCUUUUCAGGUUUAAUUCCCAGAUGGCUGUCAGGAAAUCUGCGGUACUUAUGGUCUCUAGACAUGAGUAAUAAUUUUUUUGAAGGUCCAAUUCCAUGUGAAAUGCAUGCAUAUAUUUUAAUAGACCUUUCUCAUAACUUGCUUUCUGAAUUGUCACCUUCUUGCGUCGAUUCAAAUACUAUUCAACAUCUAUUUUUACAAGGCAACAAACUCACUGGAUCAUUACCGAAACUUUCUUUCAAUUUUUCACUUUAUUUGGUGACAUUGGACAUUAGAGAUAAUAAAUUUUAUGGUAGAAUCCCUAAUGGAGUGGGCGUGCUUCCAAAUUUAAGAAUAUUGUUGUUGAGUGGCAACAAUUUUAGUGGUGUGAUUCCAGACAAGCUGUGUUGGUUAAAGAAUAUUGCGAUAAUGGAUCUUUCCAGGAACAAUUUUUCUGGAACAAUACCACAUUGCUUUCACGACCUAAAAUUUGAGAAGAUAGAUGCUUUUGAUGGCCUUACUGAGCCAAAUUCCACUUUUUUGGAGUUCAGACAUAUAAUUGUCCCAUAUCAAAGUAUCCUCAAAAGGAAUUUUGAAAAUUUUGAGGUAGAACGAGAGGUUGCUGCACAAAUUGGAAUUGAGUUUGUAAUGAAAUAUAGAUCUUACUUCUACAAGGGUGGCAUUCUUGAUCUCAUGUCUGGAUUGGAUUUAUCAGUCAACAAACUAACAGGUGGCAUCCCUCCAGAGUUAGGACAACUAUCUCCAAUUCUUGCACUAAACUUGUCUUACAAUCAAUUGACAGGUUCCAUUCCAAAUACAUUCUCAAAAUUGACUCAGUUGGAGAGUUUGGACCUUUCUCACAACAAUUUGAGUGGAGAAAUUCCUUCAACAUUGAUUGAUCUGCACUUUCUAGCAGUUUUCAAUGUGGCUUACAACAACUUAUCAAGUAAAGUUCCAGACAUGAAAGGACAAUUUGGAACAUUUGAAAAUAGCAGUUAUGAAGGAAAUCCAUUUCUUUGUGGACCACCACUAGAGAAAAGUUGCACCAAGGUUGAUAAAUCACCUCCAUCACCAAUAAAAUCUUCAAAUGCAAGUCACGGAAAAUGGUAUGAUGUGGAUCCUUUAGUCUUCUCCACAACUUUUAUCGUAUCAUACAUUAUUUUCUUUAUUGGUGUAGCUUGUAUUCUUUAUAUUAAUCCUUAUUGGCAACAACGAUGCUUCAAUUUGAUUGAGAAUCGAAUGUACUGGUGCUAUAAUUUUGCAUUUUAUAAGCUAGAAAGGUUGUCAAACUGUAUUUGUCAUUAGUUAUACUUAAUAGGUGA